AGUGCAGUUGCAUCGGAAUCAGCAUGUCAAAAAAUCUGUCAACAAAACAUAACCUCUUUAAACACGUGCGUUUUAUAGUUGUCACAAUUUUAAUUGUUAUAAUAAGAAUAAAAAGUAAUUUAUAAAAAUGUCUCGUCGACCGGAACAUUUAGCACCUCCAGAAGUUUUUUACAAUGAUGAAGAAGCUCGGAAAUACACACAAAAUUCACGAAUGAUGGAUAUUCAAGUUCAAAUGUGUGAAAGAGCCAUAGAACUUCUUCUUUUACCUGAGGAUGAAUCUUGUUUUCUUUUAGAUAUUGGAUGUGGCUCUGGACUUAGUGGCAGUGUUUUAGAAGAUCAGGGACACGUUUGGAUUGGUGUUGAUAUUUCUCCUUCAAUGCUGAAUGUUGCUCGUGAAAGAGAAGUUGAAGGUGAUUUAAUCUUAAAUGACAUGGGUCAGGGAAUGUCAUUCAGAGCAGGAAGUUUUGAUGGUGCUGUGAGUAUUUCUGCCCUUCAAUGGUUAUGCAACGCAGAUAAAACAUCACACAAUCCCGUAAAAAGAUUAUAUAAAUUUUUCUCAACACUUUUCGCUUGUUUAUCAAGAUCAGCGAGAGCUGUUUUUCAAUUUUAUCCCGAGAAUAGUGAUCAAAUUGAAUUAGUCACAACACAAGCUACAAAAGCCGGUUUUUAUGGGGGAGUUGUCGUUGAUUAUCCAAACAGUACAAAGGCAAAGAAAUUUUUUUUAGUCCUCAUGACCGGUGGAGUAACCACUCUCCCUAAAGGUCUAGGCACUGAAGAAGAUUCUAAUCAAGUUAAUUACAAUUCAAAGAGAGAAAAUAUGAGAAAGGCAAAAGGCAAACCACUUAAAAAGAGUCGUGAUUGGAUUUUAGAAAAGAAGGAACGACGAAAGAGACAGGGCAAAGAUGUUCGGACAAAUACAAAAUAUACCGGACGUUAUCGAGGUGAUCGUUUCUGAAAAAAAAAAUACUUAUCUAUUAAUA